UCAUGUUGGGACGCUCCGCCCCCUAUAGCUGCACACCAUGUUGUUCUCUAGGAGUUCGCUUAUGUUCCAAGAGUACUUUGUUAUUUUCUUUUGGCUGAACGUGUUGUAGAACCAAAAAGAAAGGUUACUACACUGGUUCCCCGAAAUCUUCUUUCAUUCGUAGGUGGUAUCUGAAAACCACUACUGCUGUCACCUUAGCUUCUCAGAAGGUGACUGUCUGUUACGCAGUCAGGACUGUCUCGUCUUCUGCAGUGUCAAAGAUCCAAAGAAAAUCGGUCUGUUUCAGUCACUGGCUUGAUUCUGUUGACAUCUGUCCAUUUUGUCAUAGAUGCCGUUUUGAGUGGCAGUAUUCUCUUGUAAUGCCAUGUUUUGUGUGUUAUGUGCCAGAGAACACUCCAGUUCCAGCUAUAUGUUGAGCCGCCUCUGCAUGUAUUGUGAUUAACUAUUGGUUUCUUAUCAAGCCAUGGAAGCAGAUAUUGUUAGCACAACUAUUCCAAGUGCUGAAGCUGACUUUGACAGGAAUGUGCCUCGCAUCUGUGGAGUUUGUGGAGACAAAGCCACAGGAUUCCAUUUCAAUGCCAUGACAUGUGAAGGGUGCAAGGGAUUUUUUCGGAGAAGCAUGAAACGCAAAGCAGUUUUCACUUGUCCAUUCAGUAAUAACUGCUCAAUCACCAAGGACAAUCGUCGACAUUGUCAAGCCUGUCGUCUUAAACGUUGCAUUGAUAUUGGCAUGAUGAAGGAAUUUAUCCUAACAGAUGAAGAGGUCCAAAGAAAAAAGGAUAUGAUAUCAAAGAGAAAAGAGGAAGAAGCCAUGAAAGAAGCCUUGAAGCCCAAAUUAACAGCAGAGCAACAGCAACUCAUUGAUACCCUUCUUGAAGCACAUCACAAGACUUAUGAUACAUCAUACACCGAUUUCCAGCAGUUCAGGCCUCCAGUGCGAAGGACUUCAGCCAGAUUACGGAAUCUCAGAUUGUCUUCUCUGCACUCACAGCACAGUUACUCAUCUGAUGAGCAUUCAGAUGCUAGCAGAUCACCUGAUUUCUCUGGUUUUGGCUUCACAUUACCACAGCUUGGUGAGUCAACACCUGAAUCCCCAGAUCAAGCUUCACUUAGCAUGUUACCCCACCUGGCUGAUCUGGUCAGUUAUAGUAUACAGAAGGUCAUUGGAUUUGCCAAAAUGAUCCCUGGUUUCAGGGAGCUAACAGCAGAGGACCAAAUUGCCUUGUUGAAGUCCAGUGCCAUUGAAAUCAUCAUGCUGCGUUCCAAUCAGUCCUUUUCACUGGAAGACAUGUCAUGGGACUGUGGAAGCAAUGAUUUUAAGUACAAGGUCGAUGAUGUAACUCAAGCUGGUCAUUCCUUGGAGCUGCUGGAGCCACUUGUAAAGUUUCAGAUCGGAUUGAAGAAACUUGGCCUUCAUGAAGCAGAACAUGUUCUUCUGAUGGCCAUUUGCUUACUUUCUCCUGAUCGUACGGGAGUGCAGGAUCACGCUCGUGUUGAAGCCCUACAGGACUGCCUUUCUGAAACCCUGCAGGCAUACAUUAAAUGCAAGCACGCUCUUCCAGAGGGGCAUCUGCUGUAUGCUAAAAUGAUCCAGAAGUUGGCAGACUUACGAAGCCUAAAUGAAGAGCAUUCCAAGCAGUACCAUUUUCUUGCUUUUCAGCCUGAACACAGCAUGCAGCUUACACCACUGGUUUUAGAGGUAUUUGGCAAUGAAGUUGUCUGAGCUCCUCGAAUGAAGCACUCACUGUCAGUCAGAUUAUCUGAUUGCCAUGCAAGCCACAGGGGAGUUGAAACUCAUCUAAACAUUGAACACUUUGUCGCUCGCUCACCCAUAAUUGUGUCAGGGUCAAUCCUCUAAGCAUGUCCAUUGUUGAUUUUUUACUGAGUUAACUGUAUGAACAUUGAGUGAAUGUUUCAUUGAGGAUUUUCAAAGUGUAUAACCUCAGCUCAGCGCACUUCUUUUUGAACAGGAGUACACAGGAUCUCUCCACAAACAUUUGUAAGCUGCUUUAAGACUUAAAAGCCAGCCUGAUUCUGGGAACAUGUUUAGUGUGUUGUUCAAGAACAGCUGGAACUAUUUGAAAAAAGGACUGACUUUACAGUGUUCAAAGGGUGUAGGGAAUAUGGGUUUACUGCAUGAAAUGGGGAUAUUAAGAUCUGAAGACAACCCAGGGAGCUGUAGCUAACUGCUGUAAUUCUUGAAAGGAAUUUCUGUCAGUUUCUAGUAAGUUAUGUGAUAAUAGUGAAUCAACUGUAGGUGUUGAAAGUACUGCCAGACAUGCAACAUUUAGAUGCUGUUGACUGAGUGGUAAGUAUUAUUGAAAGUAGCUGUGUUCUGCUGAAGUCAUUUAAGCCAAAAUGAAAAAAAUUCUGGAAUUCAUAAUGCAUUCUGGAGGGCUUAGCAUUUAAUGCACAAUUUAAAUUGUGCUAAUGCAGGUGAGACUGGCAUGAAACUUUGUUGUAUUGUGUGCCACUGUUGUAAAGAUGCUGCAUGAGUGUCACUGCUGAGUAGCUUUUUAUGCCUAUUCCAUACGUUUAACCUGUUAAGUGGGCACUAAGCUAUUUAGCUAGAUUUGCUCUUUCAUAGAAAUAUACAACAUGCCUUGCAGAGCUGGUUGAAUUGAUGUACAUUUCCUUGCCUGUAUCCCUUGGAGUGCAGCAACUACACCAUUUUUAGUAAUUCUUUGUCCAUACCUCAUUUAGUGUUUUAGUAUUUCUUUGUCUGUGAUUGUCUCUCAUUAGACUGACAUUUAUUUUUAUUAGCAUAUCCAGUUAAAUUGGUCUUUAAUACUUUGUCUUGCCAUGUUAUAUUGUUUUGCAGUUCUUGGCUUGUAUGCCAUCAAACUAGCCCUUCUAUGUAUUUGUAUCCUAUCAGACUGUUCUGCACAAUUACCUGUGUUAGUUUGUCUCUAUGACGUUAGCCUGAUCUGCAUAGCUCUGCACAUCUUUGUUCAAACGUCAUGGACAAAGCCAAAAAUAAUGGGAACAAAGUCCUACAACCAAGGGCAAUUUUAAAUAUUGCUGUUAUUCACUUAAACAGUGUGCAUCAACACUCAUUUUCUGACAAUUAAGAAGUAUGGAACCCACGAAAUUCAAAACACAGUAAAACCAAGAAAGUUGUAGAAGCAAGGAAACACUCUGUUAGAUCCACUAAAACACUUUACUGAGCACUUUCUUUGGCAUUCGCAUCACGACUUAUUCAGAAUACAAUCUGCUACUUCUUCAGAAAGGGCCUGAUAAUUUUGCAAAAAAAGAUGCUUGUUAAAAUCAGUCCUGACUGUUCGCUCUGGAAGUCGUUCACAUUGAAGAAUUUUCAUGCCUGCAGCAAAUGAAAUAUGGAAGUCUAAUGUCUGGCAUUAUUGACUGCUUGUAAUCUUCAAUGCUUUACCAGAAAAAUCGAAAAAAACAAGAGGCAGGGCAAAAAUGUGAGAUAAAACCAGGGACAGCUGAGAGCUAUGCUGAUCUGUAAAUUUUGUGUGUGUAAUCCCAUGUGACUACUUCAGAGGCAGUUUGAGUGGCCUUUUGUUCUGUACUAGUUUUCUGUAAAUUGUGCAGUAUUAGUAUGCCUUUGGCAAUGUGCUGCACAACUGUUCCAUGUCUUUGGUGCAUUAUCAUAAGAACACAUUCAAAACUGA